AUGAGUGACACAGACGUAGGCGAGGAAAUUAAAUUUCGCGAAGCCAAAGAUUGUCCUGAAUCGGAGGCUGCACAGGAUAAAGGGAAAGGCCGAGGGGAGGGGAGGGAUGUUUUGGGGAGAGAUCUUGGUAUCCGUCGCAGGAACUUUGCUUCGCCGAUGAUGAAAGUCGCGCGCCACAUUAGUCACGUGCUAGGUACAACUUGUGGCGUAGCGGCCAACUGGCGGGUUUUGCGGCGAAAUGCUCGAUGGGAAAGAUGCUGGACAUUUAGCUGCAUUCACUUCACCUCAAUGCUUCUGACAUGUGGUGUCAUCUCUCAAUUUGCUGUCAUAUAUGGUCAUAUGCUGUUUCCAUUCCAGGAAUACAUGGACCAAGAGCUCGACAAUCCAAGCGGGAUCCACACUCCAUACCAGUUAUUCAGCUCCAGCAGAUGCGCAAUACUGCAUUACUCAGCCAGCUCUCUGGCUUCGCGUUCCAUUCCCAUUCAAGAGAAUCUUAGGGCGGAGCAAUCAAAUGAGAAACUCAAUCAAGCGAGCGGGGGCCUUGCAUCUCGGCUGACAGGUAACGUUAGUUAG